AUGGGUUCUCAGAGCCAGUCAGACGCAAGUCAGCUCAAUUCUAUUAUCGUAUCCUUUUUAAUUCAGCCAGCGUGUAUUGUUUAGUAUUAGAAUUAUCAGACAACUUGUAAGUGUUCUCUACGCGAAUACUCGCUUUCGAGCCUGAAAGCGUACAAGAUUGAAAAUAACGUUGCAUGAUAAACCUACGGGAAAAAUUUCCACUGUUGCUCAAAAAUAGAAAACUGAUGUUCCUGUAAAUGACUAAUUUAACUUGAAGCAAUGGGUGCGUGGAAUUUUAAGGCUAUCUGUACCGACCACUUCUUUUACCACUGUUGGAACACUUCAGUAUGACUCUCAUUAAUUGCUCUGUGGGCAUUUAGUUAGCUUCAUUCAUUACAAAGCUAACCAAGGUUUAUUGAGAUUUUCCGUUAUUGUCUCCAUGCAAAUCAGUCACCAUAGAAAUUUAACCUAAUUUGAAGUAGUACAUGUACACACAUGUGUACAGUACAAAGGGGUUUCCACUUUACAAGCGAUACAUAUUCAUUUUAUAUUUUAUACAGUCCAAUUCGGUCAAUAACCCUAUGAGUGAUAAACAAAACAGUAGUCCGAUUUGUCAGUUACAAACUUGUGUGAUUGUAGACUGAGACUCACACAACAUUACAGGUGUAAGUCCUGUUACCAUUUAAUCAAAACUAGGAAGAAAUUUUAGGAACAAACUAGCCAUCUGUUAUGUGUUUUGAUUAAAGAAAACACAGUUAACUUGGCAGAAGGUGAGACAGCAAGCAUAUAUGCUUUGCGCUGUCCAAUUACACAGGCAUGAUGCAUAUACCGUCGGAUAGCACUAUCCAAUUAUAUGCAUGAGGCAUGCACUGUCUUAUUUAGUGUUAAAAUUGGGCUGGUGAUAACCAAUCACCUUGGAGAAUUAUGCUAAUUUUUAUUAAAGCAACAACCUUUCAAUUUUAAGUCCUGAAUUAAACCUGCACUGAACUACCAAAUAUAUCAUACCUAGAUAAGAGAGUAUCCCAUCGCUAUUGUGGCUUAAUUACCUUACAGUAGUAUCUUUUGUAAAACUGAAUGAUAUCAGUAUAAUGAAAAUUGUUCCUUAACAGUAAUCCAAUUGUAUCAGAAAUCCUUUGGUGAGACUCCAGAUAGAACUGAAAAGCUAGGUAUUGUUUUAUAAAGGAUAGUUUUGUUCUAAUCAACAUGUUACCUUAAACCAAAUUACCAACUGCCACAGUUAACCCUAUAACUCUCAAGAUCUCAUCAGCAAUUUUCCUACUGUCUGCCUUACAGUUCUUGUGAUGUUAAUUUGGAGAAUUUGGUAUUGGAUAAAGUAAUAAUCCCCUAAUGAUAUUUGACUUUAUCCUCAUUACUCUUUAGCUUGAUAUUGUUUUGAUAUUGUAAGGAGGAAUUCUAUCUUGGUCACUCAUGGGAGUUAAAGGGUUAAAGCUAGGGAUGCUGAUUUAAACAAGAAUAACCAUUACAAUAACGAUGAUGGUGUGGUGCUGGUGAUUAUUAUUAUUAUAACCAUUAGUAUUUCAUGUAUCUAUACAAAAUAAAAGUCUUUUUGUUUUGUUAGGUUAUUUGAAAAACCUCACAAGUCAAGCUCUUCCCAGUUUAUCCUUAGUUGAAGUAGAGGCCCAAUUUUUCUCAAGAAUCUUGCCAAAGGUAGCCACUUUUUUGUUAAAAACAUUUAUGUUGACUUAGGGCCCUCAAUAUACAGCUGAAGAAGCAAUUUUCAAAUUCAAAAAAGGACUUCUCUGUUAAGGAAAACACAACAUCCAAUCAUACAUUGUACAUUGUAUACUGUUAUUUCAUCUUGUAGCCAUCUGUUCAUCUGUUCAUCUGUUGCUAUGAAUAUAGACACAUUUAUAGAUAACAAAAUUACACUUUUUUUCUCAACUUCAUGGGCUUCUUGAAAUGUCUAAUGAUUAUAUUUUAACAUUUUUACUCCCAAAAUAUCAUCAGUUAUUGCCCUUACUGUCUGCCAUACAGAUCUUGAGAUGUUACUUAUAGGGGAUCAACUAAUAAUCCCCAAAUUUAUAUCUUUUUCUACUCUCAUCAAUUGUCUGCUUGAUAUUGUAUUGAUAUUGUAACUUGGACAAGUUCUUUCUUGUUAACUCAUUGGAGUUCAAUUGUUAUUUUUCUUUGAGUUGUGAGUUAUAAACCAGCAUCACGUCAAAAUGAUUUUGUACAAGUUUGAUUUGUAUUUUUCUCAUUUCGACAUACAUUACAGUAUUUUCCAAUACAGAAAAUAUAUUUCUCAAACUAGCUUAAAUUUUUUGACCUUCCAUUUGUUUGAAACUAUUAACUAUUUGUACCUUGGUUGACUGUCUAUUAGGUAUAUGAUGCUGUUUAUGAGGCCAUUUUGGAAAUAGAGCAGAUUAUUAAGUCACUACAAGCACAGGCUGUUGAUCAAGAAAGAAGCCAUGACAGAUUACAAACAGUCCAGUCACUUCUACAGGUUUGUGUUCAUGCUCUGAUUACAGUCAUACUGUCAUAACAAUAUUGUAGCCAGUUGUUAGAUAUGUACAAAUCAUGAUUUUUCAAACCUCUUGUGGGAAAGGAAAUCUGAUCAAUCAUUGCAAGGAUAAAAAACCUGAGUUAAAAUUAAUGUGUUGGACGUGGAGAGAGAAGCCCUGCAGUUUUGAUAUUAUGUAUCUGGUAUUUUGGGAAUUGGAGGGUGUAAUUAAAAGGGGUGUCAGAUUCUGUCAUAUACAAAAAUAAAUGAACUAGGAAAGUGUGGAAUAGAAAAUUAAAUAUGAAUUAAGACCUAGGAGACAAAUGCAAUGUCAAGUACUCACUUAAUAUCAUACUUCGUUCUCUUAAAUUUUUCUCUGUACAUUUUACAGCUAGUUAUGGCAUUUAUGGAGUGGCUGGAGACUUGUGUUGGGAAUGUGACUCAACUUUCCCUUACAGAGGAACUCUUUAUUGAACACAUUCAUUCUCUUCCAUCAGCUGUACUGCAGACUGUGAAUGCUACUUUUAAACACUGCAAGGUACAUUCUAAUUGACACUUUUUAUUCAAACAAACUCAGAUAUUACAACAUUAAAUUGUAAGUGGUUAAUUUAUAUGUGGGAAGUAUAAUCAAAUCAUAAUUGCUCUACAAAUUCGUGAUUUUCCUUGCAGGAUAGUGAAAAAGUGUAUGGUGAUUUGUUCCAUGUUGUGUCUCAGGAUCUAGCCAUGUUGUUUAAGAGAUCUUACCAGCUACAGAAGGUAAAUAGGUCAGCUAUAUGCUUAUAAAGGGCUAUUGUUUGUUUUUAGAUGCUUAUGCCCUUGGCCAACCCAUUUAAAAAAAUUAAAAAGAGAAGAAGGGGGUGUAAAAAUGGAAAUAUAUCAAAGGAAAGAUUUAAUGAAAACUAGAAAUUUUCCAGCAUAUGGGUUGAGACAACACACAUCAGAGUAUACAGUGUGUGGUGCUGGUUUGGUUACUACCUGUGGUUUGAAUGCUUCACCUGGGCUCAUAUAAUAUAAUUAAACCAUUGGAGACUGGGUUUUUUUUAUCAGUUAAAAAAAAAAAAAGUUGUGAAAAUAUCCAACAUUUUUAUUUACCAAAGGGAUUGAUGGAGUUACUUGACAAAGUCCAGUUAAAUUAUGAUGCAUCUGAUGAGGAUGUUAGAGAUAUUACAGAAGGUGAGCAGGGUAUAAUUUGAAUUACUUAAUAAAUAGACGGUAAAUUACAUGUACUAUUAUUAAGAUCAUUCAGAAGGAGAAUAUUAUGGAAAAACACUUGUCAGCAAGAUAAUUUUAUUUUUUUCCCUUCUUAAUUGCUAUCAGGAAUUGGUCAUUUGUAGCUGAUGAAACCUCAGAGUUACUUACUAAAACUGACACUACAAUGAUUUUGGUUAUAUUAUGGUAUAGUUAUGAUUAAUUUUCAUGGAGUGUUGCUCAAACUGUACUUAUGUCAUCUGCUGGUUUUUCUUUUAUGACCCAGUGUGCCAUCAGCUCCUUGAAGUUUGCAUUCUUAUUGGUGAUUUGGAUACAAGUAUAUUGGUGAACACAUGGAAAGUGUUAAAAAAGUAUGUCAUUAUUACUAACAUCAAGUAACAGUAGAUAAAGUGUAGUGUAUAUACAUGAAAUACAUCAAUAUGUUAUCUUGCUUACUGCUCAAACAUAUUAAAAUUUAAAUAUUUGGAUUAAGCAUUGUGAUAGACCUGCUUUGAUGAGAUCUAGGAAAGAUUCAUAAAUGUCAGUGUCUGUCAGUUCCCAUUUGGAUGUCAAAGUUAACAAGUGCCCUUGGUACUAAUUCCAGUAUUUGUUGCAAUGUUUCAUUAUUGUAAUGCACUUGAUGUUUCACCACCACAAAGUAUUGAGUUGUGGAUUUAAAGCAUAUCUCAAAAUUUUUGGGGAUCAACAGACUUGUAACCAAGCAUAGAGAUCACAUCAAGAACUAUUUAGAAGUAAGUGAAAAAGUAUAUGAAGUUUUGGUGAAAAUUCAUAGUGUAUAGAUUCUGAGUUGAUAAUCAUUUAUAAUUAAUUAUUUAUGAUACACAGUGAUUGACAUUUAUGUGUUAAUUAUGUUCUGUAUUGCAUUUCAAACACACUCCCUAUAGAAGCUUUAUAAUGUUUAUGAAGUGUGUAUUUACAUGUAUGUCUUUGAAGACAACUGUUUGUCGUACCUUCUCUUCUACCCUGUAGGACAUUGGUGAAGAGUAAAAAUUCUUCCUUGGGGGAGAUUGCUUUCAAUCUCUGGCCAUUACUCUUCAUCUUUGAUCUUCAAUCAAAGAUUCUGUCUUCUUGUCUGAUUCUAUCACAAGUCUGUUGUUGCUAUGGGAUUUGAUUUAUGUUCUCUGGUCUUUUUAAGUUGUGCCAUUAACCUUCAUUGUUCUUUAAAAACUUGUAUGUUUGAGUAACUUUUUGUCUUACCUUGAGCUUUGUGUUACAGGUGGACAGGUUGAUUUGUCAUUUGUGUACCUCAAUUGAGACCAAACUAAUGCAAUGUGUUCAACUUGCCCCAUUCAGAGCAGAAGAUACUGGUAGUUCUGAUGGUCAAAAGGUUAUACAGAGGACUGUCUAAUUCAGUGAAUAUCAGUUGUAUAUUUAACUGUAUGGUAUAAUUUGUUUAUUUAGAUUUUUGUCCUCAUUCUUGAACUUGUGGUGAUAGAUGUUAGUUGAUUUUUCAGGUUACUGGUGAUGAAGUGGCUCUGGCUAAGAUGCUUAAAAUUAUGCGAUUUUUGGUGGGUCACCUUGUUCACCUCACAAAGGUAAGGAAAUGGUCAGUAGAUCACUAACCUGCUUUCCAUCUCAAUCAGUUUCAUAUGAGCUUCUGUUAAAUAAUCCUCUGUUUGAGAUAUAUAAUGUGAUUAAUUUGUUGUAGUUUUAUACUGAAUUCAAGGACAUUAGUUUACAUGUUCCUUUUUGUCAUCAACAUUUUUACAGGAAUAUGAUGGUUACUAUGACACAUGUUUGGAAAAUAUUUUUCAUUUUCUGUUAAUGAUUCAAAGGUAUGUGUAAAACUGUGUUAAAUUUUACUUUGACAACUCACAUGCUUUUCAUAUGGUAAAGGAAACUGUCCAUCCUGCUAAUUUUUUUGAAAAAAUUUAUAUACAAGAGGAUAAUGGUUCUAAAGUAUUCAAUGUAAUUCACUUGUAUUUUAUGUACAGCAAUUUAUAAUUAGCACUUGCCCACCCCCAUAACACUGUUUCUCUUUAAACUAGCUAGUGUUAGUUUAAGUGUAUAACAAGUGUUUCUUUAUUUCCAUCUCUUAGCACUUUACCUCCAAGCCUAAGUGCUCCAAAAAUUGAUGCUUCUGCAGUUCAGGGUAUAAAAUCUGCCUUAUUAAUAGUGGUGAGCUUAAUGUGCAAAAUAUAUUUCUUUGUUUAGUAUAUAAGUAUGUUUUAUCAUUUUUAACUUGGAAAAUAAUUGAUAUUGCAUUUUAUUACAGCUUGUAAAUAGUUCUUAGGUUGCACAUGACAUUUAUGCUUUUUAUUAAUGGGAACUGUCAUGCAUAGGGUUAACCUCACAAUUUCUGUCUCAAGAGGUAUUUUUAUUAUUAUUAUUUGUAUCUCCUGAAUAAAGUAUGGUAUUGUAUUAUUGCUUAUAGAAAUUUGUUUCCUCUAUAUUCAAAAAAUAUUCAACCAAAAGUUAAUACUGUUUUUUUUUUACAACUCUUUGUCAUAUAUUUGUCUAUAAAAGUUAUCAUAAUUAAUACAUACAUGGGUGGUCAUGUUUCCAUUACUAAUCAAGUCCUUGACACUUCAACUGUGUCAUAUUUUAUGAUAACUUUAGUGAUAAUGAAAGUAUUGAGUAUGUUUAUAUGAUAGUGGUAAUUGUAAUUUGAAACAUCUUUGUCUUUUCCUAAGGUGGAGCCAUUGCUUUCUGUUAUUGUGAAAAAUAAACACUUUGCCAAACUAAUAACUAGGAAAUCAUUAGGUAAGUCUGAAAAAUAGGAGGCAUUCAUCAUUCUCUUUGGGCUUUUAGCAGUAUGGUCAUAGAAAGUAGUUUUUAUCUUUGGAUUUUCCCAGACAGUCAUGGGAGUGUAGUUUCUAAUGUAAAUCAUUAUUUUGGUGGAUUUUCUUUCAGUGGUGGAUGACAAGAGUCACUUUGCACACUGCUGUUUGCUGGUUACUAUUCUGAGUGUUCUACCAAGUACGCCAGGUAAUUAACUUGAACAAACUCCUCCAAUACUAACUGUAAUGUCUACCAAAUCUUAACUGCUAACUGCAACCGCUAUAAACUCCUUUUUGAUUAAUACCAGCCUGGGUUGGGAUGAAAACUUUUCCAGCUGAAAAAUAACCUUAUUUUUGUCAUUUCUAUCACUAACUAGGCUUCUAAAAGUUUCCUUUUUUUUGCUACUUAAUUUACAUUUGUCUGGUAAGAAUUAAAAUACAAUCAGUGGCCCAGAUCUUGAUAGCCUUAAUCUUUCACUCGAUUGGUCCUAAUGUCAUUGCCUCCCCUCCCCAAACUCUAAUGUUGAGUUUUCUAUCUUUAACCUCAGUUGCAGACUGAGUUCAACAUUAUCUGGGAAAGGUUGUGCUUCUAUAUUGAAUAAGAACUUCUAACGGAGAAAACUUUGGCAUGUGCCAUCAUUUAUACCUCUGAUUGUGCACUUUUUGUCUGAAUUGCAAUGUGGCUGGUUAUGUGGGUUGAUUUGAUUUGAUUAAAAGAAAGGAAGUAAUUUUUACUGCAAUGUUUUUCUAAAGUCUUCACUAAUAAUGCAGUGUUGUUUUUGUUUUUGUUUUUGUUUUUGUAGAGGAUGUAUUUGCAUAUUGGAUCUCACCUACUAAUUACCCAGAGGUAAGGUACAGGGUGUAACUCUACUGUGGUUAAAAGAAAAUUGCAACAGAGAGAAAAAUGUAAAAAGUGGCAUUGCCAUGAUAAUUGCAAGGUCUGUUAAAGAAAUAUGUGUGUAUAUAUAACAACAAGCAAAAGAAAAAAAUUUCAUUACGCCAUUUAGCAUGUUACAGUAUUUAUUGUCUUCAACAGGAGGAAUGUCGUCAUUCACUUUUGGAGGCAGUGUUUCAGUAUUUCAGUCAGUGUAAGUAUUCUUUGAUGAUGUGCUGUUAACAUGCAUGCAUGUUUUAAUAUGUGCAUUUCUAUUAUUUUCAGGUGUUGUGGAGGUUAGCCUGCCAUUAUGUGUAGAAGGUGUGAUGAGCAAGGGAAAACCAUUGAGGUGUGGCCAUGUGCUAAAAGAAGAAAAAAUUACAACUGUGUUGUUACAUUAAACUAGGGAGUUAAUAAAUGUUAUUAAUCAAUGAAUAUUAUUAUAGAACCUCAUCCUCUUUUUACUUGGUGGUUGGCCUUGUUCUGUAGAAUUAUCGGAUCAUGUGUACUAUAGGUGGCCUCGGUCGACAUAUCGGCCGAUAUAUCGGUCGACUAUCGACCAACUAUAGGUUGACUAUUGGUCGACAGCCGAUCGACUAUCGGUUGAUAGUUGACCGAUAGAUCGGCCAACAGUGGACCGAUAUAUUGGCCGACAGUGGACCGAUAUAUCGGCCGACAGUGGACCGAUAAAUGUGCACAUAUCGACUGAUGCAUCGGCUGACAGUCGGUUGAUAUAUCGGUCGACUAUCAACCGAUAGUCAGUCAAUUGUUGACCGAUAGUCGACCGAUAUAUCGGCUGACAGUCGACCAAUAAAUGUGUACAUAUCAGGUGAUGCAUUGGUCGACUAUCGGUCUAUAUAUCAGGCGACUAUCGGCCUGACCAAACUCAGGCAAUAAGAAUUUUAUCAUAUGACCACUGAAUGUUGAAAAUUUUUGCGAUAAAAGCUCAUGGGACAACAACAAAACAGAUUCUAAAUUGGGAAGUUUUGCUUCUUCUUUCUUGUCAGAACUUUUAAAACCCAUAAUUCAUAAAAAGAAAAAAACACUAAUUUUUGUAGUCUGUGUGAGUGCAAGGCCCAACAGCUUAUUAGGGACCAACCCACAUCAACCUGUCUGGCCUUACACAUGUCAGCUUUCACUAUGGUUUCUAUGGGCUUGCACACAGGGCCAUAAAUGCCAUAUGAUAAUAAAUGUUAUUGGUCAAUAAAUAAAAUAUUUUUAAACCUAUUUGCCCCCUAACUAAGGAGUUUGGACAAUUUGUUGCAUUAAUUGUCUAAAGCUUGCUAACCAUUCAAUAUUUUAUGCUCACUAGGCAAUUAAUUUGAAGACUGACAAAGAUAAAUUAUCAUUUUGAUUCUGUUGUUUCCUCAGAGAGGUAACUUUGUAUGAGCAUGUUUGUACUAGAAUGUGCUCUCUUGUGGCUUCCACACCAGCAGUAUGUUUUUCUGCCAUGGUAAGUAGUGCUAAUAGAAACACAGUGCUCAUAACUUGUCUUAAAUGUCAGGACAUUGAGAACCAUGUUGUAAUUUGCUUCAAGAAUGGCUCAGUUCUUACACUGACAGACCAGUUGAUUGCAAUACCUCUGAGAAAAGACACCUUUACCACAUUGUUUGAAAUCAGAGAAUUGAAAUGUAGUCAGGUUGUGAACAUUCAUGCAAUGGUUUUCUUUAUUUCAUUUGAACUUUUUUCAUCUAAAAUAUUCUUUUUUUGGGCUUCUAUUUUCCUCAAUUUUCAUGCAAUGAUCUAUUUAUCUUAACCCUCUGAUUCCCAAUAUCUGAUUGAUAAUUCUCCCCUCUAGCUGCUACACAAUUCCUUGUAUAUCAAUUACAAGAAUUUACUGUUAGACCAAGAUCAGAAUUUCUACUGAUUUAGUUGAAGUUUUAGUAUUCUUGUUACCUGUUUGCUGGAUCAUGUAUGGAUAUUAUAGGGAAAUGUUACAUGUUAAUCACUUUUGGGAGCUAAAGGGCUAACAUAUCUGGAGUUUUGCUUCAAUUACACCUCUCCUUUAUUUCCUUUCUCUUAGGAACGAUGCCUGUUGGAGCACAUCCUUCAGGAUGACCUGCUGUGUGCUUUGCUCUCGAGUGACGUGUGGUGCUUCAUGGCAAGGUAGACAUACAGUGUCAUGUUUGAUACAUGCUAUUCAACUACUUUUCAUUUAGUGCAUAAUCAGAAGACCCUACAACAUAAGUUUUUUUGUCUACAUGUAGGUGGGGCUCUGCCGAGCUGUGUUCGGGACAUGUAAUAGUUCUUACUCAACUGGUAGGUGAAUUUUCGACUCUGGGGCAAUUAAUAAUGAUAAAUAAUGAUAAUAACAAUGAUAAUGAUAAUAAUAAUGAUACUGAUGAUAAUAAUAGUAACAAUAAUAAUAAUAGUAAUAAUAAUAAUAAUAAUAAUAAUAAUAACAAUAACAAUGAUAACAAUAAUAGCAAUCAUAACAAUAAUAAGAUUUUAAAGCAGCGUACAUUCCAUGAGGUGGCUCUUCUUUUCUACCGUUUCCAGGUCAAAUUGGAAUUUGGGAUGUUGGGAAGGGAAGUUUGAGUCUGGGUUUGCCACUGAGGCCUUCAAACACCAACCCUUGUGAAAAAAAAAACCUUUCAUUCUUCUACCCUGCCUAGGAUACUAUUUCUCGCGUUUUGUGACAGAAGUAGGCUCCCUACUCUUCAGGGUUAUAAGCAAGGGAUCAUUUAUUCAUGUUGGCUUACAGCAGGUGACUACCGUACUGGAAAUAUCCGUCAGCGAGGCCUUCAUUUUCAGUUGACUACAAGGUCUUCGUUGCAAAGAAGAAAAUAAAAAACAAAACAAAAAUUACUGUCUAUUUUGUCAGUGUGUGAACUUUUGGAAACACUGAAUUACAAAAGGUAUUUUGGGAUUUAACAAUAGUUGUCGAUUAAGAUUCCCUUGGUGGAUAAAACGCUAAAGUAUUUGUACAUGCAGCGUCUCUGGAUGACAAAAAGCAAUAAUUUCGCUCUGUGGUUCGGUUGGCCACAACGUAUAGGAACACUUAGCGGAACGUUUUGUGGCGAACUGUGGAUCAGUCUAACAUUCAUUACGGUCAUUGUUGGCUUUGUUUCGCAGAUAUCACAGUUGCCUGCUUCAAGUGCUGGUUAUGUCCAUUUGUCGCUGCUCAUUCAACGUCUUACUCGCCUUAUGGCUGUGGAACAUCAAGUACGUGUUGUCUGAUAAAACUUCCUUGGUUUUCUUUUACUUGCCAUUCUUUAUGUAUGAUAAUUAUUGGCUCACGAUUAGUUAUGAAACACUUAAGUACUCAACGUCCGCUUUCAGUUUUCUACUUUUGUUUGAGAAUAGCAGAAACAGUAUCUAUAUAUCAUAGGUGUUUACUUCAAUUUUCGGUCAAACGUUUUUCGGUAGGAGAAUCUUGCCGUUUCUUUUCCACCGUCGAAAGAAGAAAACAUCGCCGCGUGGUGCAUUUAUCCCUUACGAGAUAUGCCCGAGAGCGUCAAGAAAAAGGUAAAGGCUUGCUAAUCUUGAAACGAGUACUCAAUGCAAUUGGAAAAAAAAUAUGCUUAAUUCUUAAUUUACAGAUUUUAGAAAACAAUUCGAAAGUACCUGAGCAGUCAUACUAAUACAAUUAUUCACCUCUGCCUCAGUGAACAUUUUUGAAUAAUGCUCACUUCGCCUUCGGCGAAUAAUUGUUAAAUAGGUAUUGGUGGUCAUGGCGAAGUUUAUGCCUCGUCUCAGGGGCUUUCAAGGCAGGAAUUUUGUUUGUGACGUCAAUGGCAUGGCUCGAAUAGAAAUUGUUGGUUCUCCACUUGGAUAAGAUACUCGAGCAUUGCAUUUGGCCUCGUGUCGCAUGGUUCUUCAGAAUUUUUACAGGUGCACAGGACUUAAAAUCUGGAGUGCAGUGCACUAACCUUUACUUCAAGAGCUUUUUUAUUUUUCUUUUCCUUUGUUUUUAAGACCUUAAGAAUCAGCUUGUGAACUACUGUAUCUUCGUUUGGUCAAAAAGGUUUAAUCAUCUUUUAGUUGUAAACGAACUUAAACACUGUUCAUUUCCCCUUGUAAAAUUAAAGACUUAGCUCUGGUUUCAUGUCAUAGGCUCAAAUCUUGCGAAUCCUCUGAAAUGUCUUUAAAUUUUAGGUUUGCCGUUCUCUUUUUCCCUUGUGUGUACAAGUUUGUCAUUCGCGAAUAGCGAACCAAUCAGCAGAAGACAAUGAGCUCAUGGUAUGUACCUUGACAAUUAAACAUAACAACUUUUUUGAAUGCCACUUUACUUUACUUUUACAGCUACCGAUAUGUAAUUAAGCCAUCUCACCGUUUUCACUUUUUUCGCAAGCUAACAUAAGAAAAGAUGAUACCGGAAUGAGAUUCAUUAUCUUCCAAUAAAGGUGGUUCACUUUGUCUUAAAUUUGCAGUCUUUUUCAUGUUUUCUGUCACGUUUCCGGUCACUUUCGAAGUAGUUUCUAGACACUUUUGAGUAGAUCUGCCUGAUCCCGAAUUUAUCGACGAGCUUAUCGUCAUUACCACCAUUCCAUACUUACUUCUAUGUUUCUUUCUUUCUUUGUUUUCGGUUGCUUCAGUCGCGCUGCUUAAGGUGUCUCCGGCGAGUUUACAGCCUACCCAAAACGGAAGGCUAUGUACCUCCUGUUCAUCACUCUGCUACCAUUGGUCUUAUCAACGACUUGUGGUCGCUUUGUUGUCAAGGAAGUGAGCAAGUAGAAGUAAGUUUUAUCUAAGAAAAGAUGAAAGGAAUACAGAAAUUUGGACUUGAUCAUGAUGUUCACAGAUCACUAUUUUUCCCCGGCUCUGAUCAUCGUCAAAAGUGCGAGCGAAAUAACAGUUGCUGAAGGACUUACUGAUCACGAACGUUGAAGGCGGGUGGGGAAUUGCUCCGGCGCUUCCCAACCCCUGCUCUGCGCUGCCUUGCUUCACUGGAAGGUAGAAACAAAACCACUGUGGACAGUGUAUGACUUGAGUCCAUGUAGUAUAAUUAUCCCAGAUUUUUUCUGUUAAGUAAGAGACAGUUUUUUCAAGACUUACUCAACUUACAAUACUAACUUUACCAACAAAUUAUUCUACAUAUAUUUACUUCCGAAACUACCCUUACCGCCAAAAUUUCUCGAUAAUUUUGCAGCGAUUUAGAAUCCAUAUGUGGUGCGAGUUAUUGGAUUUGACGUCCGCCUUGCUUCCCUUGAUCCAGCCUGAAGAUUACGCAACGGUACAGUGCGGUUUUGGGUUUCCUGUUGAAAGCAAGUAUUUGUGUUCUUAGCUCAAAGUAGAAUUUAUGUUUUUUGUUGUUACAUUUUAACAGAUACUUAUUGGCUUACGAAGUCUCCUUGAUAAGAAGCCCACUGUAGGAGUUCGCCAGGCAGCCGCAGAGUUUCUCGGGAGAUGCGGCAGUAAAGAAAUCCCAGAACACCUUGAGGUACGAAGAAGCUUACCGUUUUGGCUUUUGAGCUUCUGUGGAAAAGUCUGCCUUAAUUUUUUUCGAUAGGUUUAGGUGAUCAACUUCACAAGUAUUAGCAAUGAUUAAGACAAAAUAUCCUCUGUUUUGUUUUUGUUUGGUUGUUUGUUUGUUUGUUUGUUUUUAGCAGAGUUCCAUUUACAGAGCGACUACCGUUUGCGGGGUCGCUUACAGAAAAUUGAGCCAUGCGAUUGUAACAAGAAAACAAAAACAAUGGAUCCCAUCUUAAUCUUAUAUGAUGUUUGCUUGUUUUAUUCCCAAGCAUUGAUUGAAACAAUAUAGUGUACAUGCAAUUCCUGUUCGUUUCCUGUAUUACUUCUGGUUAAUUUUUUUUUCUAAUAGUAGUGGCACUGCAUGUAGAGAACUUUUCUCUCGAUUAUGGCAGUUAUUUUGCUCUUGUUGUGACCUAUUGAUAUUUGUUGCUACCAGUCCGCAGUGUUAAGCGACAUCAGCGUCAUGUUCUCCGCAUUGGUCAGUGACACGCACUGGUUGGUUCAUCAGCAAGCAUUUCAGAGCGUUAAGGCAUUCGCAGAGGUAUUAGGAUUUAUUCAAACAUUGAAAUUUAAAAUCAUAAAUCCUGUUGAUUUUAUUGAAGGGGUUUUUAAGAAGUUCAUUGAAAUCCAGUAGGGUGUGAUGAUAACUCAAGAAUUUUCCACCUCACUUUAUCAAGCUCUAUGAUUGUUGUUUUGUUCCCAGGUCACCCGAUACACUCACGUGAUGGGAGAUUGUGUUCCAGAGAAUUUACUUCCCAGUUUGUCAGAUUUUCUAAAUCAGGUUAGUUCAUUUGCUACUAUAUUUUUUCCUUUAACCCUUAAACCCCUCAGUGUGAGGAACAUCUGAUUUCUCCUUGCAACAUCAACCCUAAAUCAAACAUGAAGGUCAUGAGAAUAAAGGAGAUGAUCACCAACUAAAGAAGCUCUUGAUUGUUGGACAAAUUCUCCUGGUCAGAACCUUAGGAAAUGUCUAGGGAGUGGUAUGGAGAAUAUUCAUACUGAUGUUAGGAAGUAACGGAAAUAGAAUCAGAUCAGUGGAUAGCUAAUAUGUUACUUUGUUGUUGUGUUUAAGCUUCCUUAUGAGCACAGUGAACUCGGAGAUGGAGACUUGACUAAUAUGUUACUUUGUUGUUGUGUUUAAGCUUCCUUAUCGGCACAGUGAACUCGGAGUUGGAGACAUGACUGUAUCCUUUGCCUGAGUCGCAGUGGUGUAACUUCUGUAAAAGUAACUGAAAAGUGGAAUAUUUUUUGCGCGCUUCUUUCAGUUUUUUUCCUUGACAGGAUAUGUAGGAAUUCGAUGUAGAGUUUUUAAGACAACAACUCGGAACGGAGGCAUGGAGUAAAACACAGAUCACGCCGUCCAAUGACAUUCAAGAAACAGAGAUACCAUUUAUGGACACAAGGGGUCGAUUACGGAACGAUAGUGCGAAUGAAAACAAAGAGAUAGAGGUAGUCAUCAAACCCUUCGAAUUUUAUUUUUAAAAAAACAUUUUUAUGAUUUUGCCUUUAUUCGCGUUGUGCAUCACUCAGACUUAGUCUGGAUAAUGCACAACGUUUCACGUCGUACUCAUAACUCUGCAAGUACUCGAAAAGGAGUCGCAAAUGGCAAAGGGUUGUAGCUGUGUUUGAAACAUCUCUCAACUUUCAAGAAAAUUGCAUCACCGAAUCGUGAUCCAAUGAUUGAUGGACUUUGUGGGAAUGGGAUUGAUGGAACUUUCUUUGUUGCAGCCUGAACCAAAACGUUUAAAAACACAGCACGAUUUACCCAGUGAAAGUCAGGUAAUGUGAUAAUAAAUUUCUCGAUUAGGUUUCUUUCCUUUCGUAGUAUUUUCGUUUGCAUACUUUAAUCCGGCCGGAAUAUAGUAAAUACUAAUCUACGACCUUGUUGUUUAUAUUUACAGGGGGAGGCACUUUAUAAUGAAGCGAUACAGAAAUUGAAGAUACCUGUCUCAACAAUCCUUGAUCUUAGAAAGCAGUUUGCCCCUUCAGCAAAAGUCGUAGAGAACGUGGAAGAAAUUCAAACAUUGUUGCAAAAGUUUCUCAGCGGAAGCGCCGCUAAAUGAUACACUCGCCGUGCAGCAAAUCGUAACUGAGUGGAUAAUGAAUGACAAGAAUGCGCUUUAUGUGUGCAAAGUUUGAGUUUGCAUCUUCAAGGCAUUCUACAAAUGUUGCGCUCUUUUCUAUAAAUUCCGUAUUUUUCACACGCCUGACCUUUCACAGACACCAGAUUUGUUGACUGGACAUAUUAAUAUGUAUGCUAGAUUCGAAGGAUGUUGUUUUUAAGUGAGUUUUUUUAUAACUUGUAAAUAAAGAAAAUUGAAAUCACC